AUGGCAGCUACACCAGAGGAGCCUACAUCAGCACCCCCAGAGACCGACGCGGCAUUCACACGCUGGAGAAACGCCCUCUCGUCACUGCUAACACCAUCACCAUCACCACUCCUAAAAGACGAAACCACAGACGACCCAUCCAAAACAGCCAAAGAUCAUGAGAGAUGCGAGAAAUGGAAGGAAUAUCUCUUAAAAAACAGCCCAGUAAUAACAUUCCUCCACACAUCCCUCCCAGCCCCACUCACGCCAUCCCAUUUCGUAUGCAUGCCAUGCCCACCAACAAUAUCGGGCGGCUUCGCACCAUCAAUAGGGAUAGUCCUCUGCCAAAACCGGCUCGUCUCGCAACGGCAUCUAGAAGACACGCUCGCACACGAGCUGGUGCAUGUAUACGAUCACGAGACGACGAGUGUGAAAUGGGACUCGUGUGAGCAGUACGCGUGCAGUGAGAUCCGGGCGGCCAGUCUGAGUGGUGAGUGUCGGUUUAUGAGGGAAGUGAGGCGAGGGUUUGUUGGAUUUAAUAAGGGCCAUCAGAGCUGUGUUAAGAGACGGGCUACGUUGGCGCUGUCGCAUGUGCCGCAGUGUCAGGGCGUGUUGGCGGAAGAUGCUGUGAGGAAUGUUUGGAGCAGGUGUUUUGCAGAUACGGCGCCGUUUGAUGAGAUAUACUAG